AUGAUGACUGAGGUAGAUCUGCACGAGUCGGAGGAUAGUGAUAUUGGUGAGGGUGAAUACCAAGUGGAAAAGAUAGUUAAAGUACGAAUUCGUGGCGGGAAAAAGGAGUACCUUCUAAAGUGGAAAGGGUAUGCAGACGAGGACAAUUCCUGGGAGCCUGAGGAAAAUCUUGAUUGCCCAGAUUUGAUCAAGGAUUUUGAGGAACGUAUGUUGAGGGAACGCUCCUCUGUUUUAACGCCUGGUCGUCCGUCCUCUAGUUCAGCUAAAGUGACUCCUCGUGCAAAGUUACCGUGCCCUCCGGAAGCUCUGAGGAAACGAGGUCGUCCCGUCCAUAGUGACCCUGAAGAAUUCGCAUCUGAUCCAAAAAGGGUUGCAGAUGAAUCUUCUAAUAUUGUUCACAAAAGUCCAUCAAAAACUGCAAGAGGUUUUGCGAGAGGUCUCAAACCGGACCGGAUUAUUGGUGCUACUGAUUCUAGUGGCGAAUUAAUGUUCCUCAUAAAGUGGAAAGACUCAAAUGAGGCAGAUUUGGUUCCUGCUAGGGAAGCUCAUGUUAAAUGCCCACAAACGGUUAUUCGCUUUUACGAGGAGCGUUUGACCUGGCACACACCAGAACCGCGUACCGAAUCUGCUCAACUCACUACCGGUUCAAUCUCUGCGACGGUACAAGCACCGGUUCAGACCUUGGAGUCUGCUGCCGUUCCAUCGGAGAGUGAUCCUCCCGCGGUUACGGGUGAAGAGUCUAAUAUUGGGCCGGUGGACUCUGGCGCUGUGGUCGCUGUUGCCGAAGCACCAACCCCAGGGUCUGCAUCAGAAGCAUUGGUUACACAAGCAGAGCUGGCACCUGCAGAGUGA